AGUUUUCUACGUAUAAUACAUAAAUGACGUAUAAUACGUAGAAAAUUGUAGAAAACCUGGUAUUAUACAUGUCCAGUUCUGCGCAUGCGUACAAACCUCACAAUAAUAAUAAAAAUCAUAUGUUUGAUUAUUUUUUAUUUGUUUCCUGGUUUUCAUUACUAAAUUGUUGCUAAAAAUACCAAGAAAAAACCAAAAAAGGUUACAUAUAAGAAAUUCUACGGACUGUCAAUAAUAUUAUUAUUCAGUGACAUGUAAAUCAAAUGUAAAUAAUACAAAAUGGUAAAUGAAGAAAUGUCAAUCGUAGACUUGGAAAUGACGAACAAUUCCCUGUUAGGUGAAACUGAGAGUAACAAUGCCAAUAAUUUGGAAAUUAAAUCUAUUAAACAAAAUUUAAGUAAACGACAAUUGAAAAAAUUAAAGAAAAAAGAAAAAUGGAUUCAGAGCAAACCGGAAAAGAGAUUAAAAGAAAGAAAGAAACUGAAAGAAAAAAGGGCAUUUGCUCGUGCAAAUAAUAUCGAUCUAGGACCAUCGAGAAAAGGUUUAAAGCAACGUACAAUGGCAAAUAGCACUUGUAAAAUAAACGUUUCUCUAGAUUUGUCAUUUGAUGAUUUAAUGAUUGAUAAAGAUGUUGCAAAAAUGAUUAAACAAAUUUUAAGAUGUUACACCUUAAAUAGAAGAGCUGACGCUCCGUUACAAUUUUCAGUGACAAAUUUCACCGGUAAAUCUCUACAAGAAAUGAAGAAACACAAUGGUUACGAACACUGGGAUGUUAAAUUUCAUGCAGAGCACUAUUUGAAUUUAUUCGACAAGGAGAAAAUUGUUUAUCUUACAAGUGAAUCAGAUAAUAUUAUAGAAAAUUUAGAAAAUGAUACUGCUUACAUAAUAGGCGGUCUCGUUGACCAUAAUGCUCAAAAGGGUCUUUGUCAUAAACUAGCAAACAGUGCAGGCGUAAGACACGGACGGCUACCUUUGGAUAAAUAUUUGAAUAUGAAAACAAGAAAAGUUUUAUCUAUCGUGCACGUUUUCGAAAUACUAUUAAAAAUCAGCGAAGGAAAGAGUUGGGAAGAAACACUACUUCAAGUUUUGCCAGAGAGGAAAAAUGCUCAACCGAUUUGUUCAAGUCCCAGUAAAGAAGAAACAAAACAAUAGUAUUUUUCUUUUUUUCUUUUUUUCUUUUUUGAAGGUACAGUAAAAAUUAAAAUAAAAUCAUAAGGAAAUUUCUCUAUAUUUUUAAAACUAUAUAUUUAUUUUCAAUAAAAUUCAUGAUUUGUUCGCACUUUUCACAAGAAUACAAUUACUUUUUUUAUACAUACGUGUAUAUAUAUAUAUAUAUAUAUAUAUAUAUAAAGCUGCCAUUUAAAGGAUUACAUUAGUCGAAAUUGUAAAAAGAAAAAUAUUUUACUGCAAGAAAAAACAAGUGAAACAUGUUUUAACCAAUUUUUAAAAACUAAACAUCGAAAGACUGAGAAAAUAAUAAAAUAAAAAUAGAAAUUAAAAAGAAAAAAAAACUAAUGCAUCUUUAAUUGGCGCUGUAAAAGGAUAAUGUGGAUGUAAAUAUAUAUGUAAGUUAUACAGACAAA